GUGCAGAUCUUGAGGAUGACCCAUCUUGUUCUUGGCCAGCGUCAUCUCCCUCUAGUAAAGACCAGACUUCUCCAGGACACUGCGAGGACUAUGAGUUUGGAGAAGAGGAAGGAGGCCCUGGUCUGCCGUACCCGUGCCAGUUCUGUGACAAGUCUUUCAGCCGCUUAAGCUUCCUCAAGCGCCACGAACAGAGUCACGGCGAUAAGCUCCCUUUCAGUUGCACGUUUUGCAGUCGCCUAUUUAAACAUAAGCGAAGCAGAGAUCGACACGUGAAGCUACACACUGGUGAUAAGAAGUACCAUUGUGGAGAGUGUGACUCCGCCUUCUCCCGCAGCGAUCACCUCAAAAUCCACAUGAAAACCCACGCCUCCAACAAACCCCACAAGUGCCCUGUGUGCCGUCGAGGCUUCCUCUCCUCCAGCUCCCUCCACGGCCACAUGCAAGUACAUGAAAGGGGCAAAGACAGUGGCAGCACAGGCUUUAAUAGAGCUGACGAAUGGAAGCUAAAGGAAACUCGGAAGUGCAGUCGGUGUGAGGAAGGUUUUGACGUCCCAGAAGAGCURCAGCGGCACAUCGCCGAGUGUCACCCUGAAUGUUCUCCGUCCGAGGAUGGAGGCCUUGGGGCCACCCUGCAGUGCAUCUACUGCCACGAGCCCUUCAGUGAUGAGGGCACCCUGCUGACCCACAUUGACCAGGCCCACAGCCGGGACAGGAAGGGCCACACUUGUACCAUCUGCUCUGAGCACUUUUUGUCUGUAGAGGACCUCUAUUCUCAUAUGGACAUUCACCAGCUCCCAGAAUCCAGUAAUCAUAGCAACAGCCCUUCCUUGCUCACUGUGGGCUACACUUCUGUCUCGAGCACCACUCCUGAUUCCAAUCUUUCUGUUGACAGCUCUACGAUGGUGGAGGCAGCAGCGCCUGUGGCCAAGACAAGAGGAAGGAGAAAGAGAGCUUCUCAGAACACAUCUGAGUUGGGAGGGAGAUCCUCAAAGCAGCCUAAAAUCUCCUACAGUUGCAUUUACUGCAAUAAGCAAGUAUUCUCGAGCUUGGCUGUACUUCAGAUUCACCUACGAACCAUGCAUYUGGACAAGCCAGAGCAAGCUCAUACUUGCCAAUUUUGCUUGGAGGUUCUACCCUCGCUGUUAAACCUAAACGAACAUCUUAAACAGGUCCACAAUGCAGAAGACCAUGCUGCCCUGUUAGCCAGCCUGCCCGAUGCCCUCCUUCAGUGUAACUUUUGCCCUGAGGUGUUAUGUGACUUAAAUGCCCUCCAGGAGCACAUCCGUUGCUCCCAUGGUUUUCCCAGUCCCGUUGCCAAGGAGAGUAAUGCCUUCUUUUGCCCUCAAUGCUUCAUGGGGUUUUUGACUGAGGCUACAUUAGAGGAGCAUGUUCGUCAGACACACUGUGAUGGAGGAAGCCUGCGAUUUGACUCGCCCUUGGCUGUAACUCCCAAGGAGCCUAUAGUAGAGGUUUACUCCUGUUCAUAUUGCACCAACUCACCCAUAUUUAACAGUGUUUUGAAACUCAACAAGCACAUUAAGGAGAAUCACAAGAACAUUCCCCUGGCUCUGAACUACAUCAACAAUGGAAAGAAAUCUUUGCGCACUCUCAGCCCCUCUUCACCAAUAUCUGUGGAACAAACUGCCAUGUUAAAACAAGGCAGCUCUGCCUCACGCACAGCCAGUGAGUUCAUAUGUAACCAAUGUGGUGCCAAGUACACAAGUUUAGACCUUUUCCAGACUCACCUCAAAACUCAUUUGGAUGGUCUACAGCCUCAGCUCACUUGCCCCCAGUGUAACAAAGAGUUCCCCAACCAAGAAUCCUUACUGAAGCAUGUGACAAUUCACUUCACGAUUACCUCCACGUAUUACAUUUGUGAAAGCUGUGACAAGCAGUUCACUUCAGUGGAUGACCUGCAGAAGCACCUCCUUGACAUGCAUACGUUUGUGUUUUUUCGCUGCACUCUGUGCCAGGAAGUCUUUGACUCAAAGGUGUCUACUCAACUUCACCUGGCUGUGAAGCACAGCAAUGAGAAGAAGGUGUAUCGUUGCACCUCCUGCAACUGGGACUUCCGACACGAGACUGACCUACAGUUGCACGUUAAACACAGCCAUYUGGAGAAUCAAGGCSGUGCUCACCGAUGUAUUUUUUGUGGAGAGUCCUUUGGCACGGAGGUGGAGCUCCAGUGCCACAUUACCACCCACAGCAAGAAGUACAACUGUCGUUUCUGCAGUAAAGCCUUCCAUGCCAUUGUCCUUUUAGAGAAGCAUUUAAGGGAGAAACACUGUGUGUUUGAAGGAAAGACCCCAAAUUGUGGCACUAAUGGCUCUGCCGUAAGUGGUGGGGAUGGUCAGCCUAAAGAAGACGUUGAAAUCCAAGGUCUCUUAACUAACAGCCACGGUCCAGGAGCAGGUGGAGGAUCUGUGGUGGAGUCACAGAACAGCCAUGAUGGAAGUGAAGAAGAGGUGGACACAGCAGAACCCAUGUAUGGGUGUGAAAUAUGCGGAGCAUCUUACACCAUGGAGUCCCUCCUCACUAACCACCAAUUAAGAGAUCACAAUAUCCGUCCUGGUGAGAGUGCAAUGAUCAAAAGAAAAGCCGAAAUGAUCAAGGGCAAUCACAAGUGCAAUGUCUGUUCCCGUACCUUCUUCUCUGAGGCUGGGCUAAGGGAACAUAUGCAGACUCACCUUGGGCCUGUAAAGCACUACAUGUGUCCAAUUUGUGGGGAGCGAUUCCCUUCCUUGCUCACCCUUACAGAGCACAAGGUAACCCAUAGCAAGAGUCUGGACACAGGCAGCUGCCGCAUUUGUAAGAUGCCGCUGCAGAGCGAGGAAGACUUUCUCGAGCACUGCCAGAUGCACCCUGACCUAAGGAACUCUCUGACAGGUUUCCGCUGUGUGGUUUGCAUGCAGACUGUGACCUCAACGUUGGAGCUCAAGAUCCACGGUACCUUUCACAUGCAGAAGACAGGUACUAUGUCCUCCAACCAGCCUAUGAGUCGCAACAAUGUCAUCUCUCAAAGCCAACAACAGCCACACCACAUUCAAAAGUUUUUUAAGUGUGCCUCAUGCCUGAAAGAUUUCCGGUCCAAACUAGACUUAGUGAAGCUGGACAUCAAUGGGCUGCCUUACGGACUUUGUGCAUCUUGUGUGACGGCGGCUGGCUCCAAAAGCUCCAGUCCAACAGUUAACGGAGGAAGGCAACAGCAGCAGCAGGGCGGGGCCACGACUCCUGCAACAACUGCUGCAUGGGUGCAAGCAGAGAGCUUGAGUCCUGGAGAUGGAAAAGGCAAGGGUGUUUCUUCAUCAUCCUCUUCCUCUUCUACAUCUUCAUUGUCUGCUAUCAAGACACGAUGCUCCAGCUGCAAUGUGAAGUUUGAGACAGAGACCGAGUUGCAAAACCACGUCCAGACGGUGCAUCGAGAACAAGCAGGGGAUAGCAACAGUGGGCAGCUGAAGACCCCCCAAGUGUCACCAAUGCCGAGAGCCAGCCCCUCUCAAACUGAGGAGAAGAAGACAUACCAGUGCAUCAAAUGUCAGAUGGUGUUCUACAGCGAAUGGGACAUCCAAGUUCAUGUGGCCAACCACAUGCUGGGCUUACAAGUGCCCGGAUCACAUCACCAAAUAGGUGGAAUUAUUUUAAUAUUUUGACCAUCAAAUGCAUCCCAAGUGUUGUGCUUUCAU